GUGUCACGGGCGGGGGUGACGUCACGGCGCGUCGCUUUCCCGACGGCGGCUGCGGAGGGUCAGUGCGCUCACCGGUACCGGCGCCAUGGAGGCGGCUCCGGGUCCGGUUCCGUCAGUCUCCUCCGGAGCCUUGGUGCCCGCUGCUGCUCCGGGCACCGCCCUAGCUAAGGGGAAGGAAGCGGCCGCGCCGUCCCCGAGGCGCCCGAAGAAGAUCCUGGAUGAGGAGGCCUACAUCGAGAGCUUAGAGACCAUCAUUCAGCGAGACUUCUUUCCCGAUGUGGAGAAGCUGCGAGCGCAGAAGGAAUAUCUGGAGGCUGAGGAAAGUGGGGACUUGGAGAAAAUGAGACAAAUUGCUAUCAAGUUUGGUUCCUCCUUGAGUAAAUCGUCGAGGGACACGCCUGCGCCCUAUGUUACUCCAGCCACCUUUGAAACCCCAGAAGUGCGUCCAGGUGGUCUUCCAGUAGGGAAUAAAUCCAAAGCUGGCAUCAAAGCAGCAGAGGAAGGAAAUGCAGAAAAAGAUGAUAAAGAGGCACUUCCCAGUCUGGACAGCUUCUUGGCAAAACACACAAGUGAGGAUAAUGCUUCCUUUGAGCAGAUCAUGGAGGUGGCCAAAGAGAAGGAGAAGGUGAAGCAUGCCUGGCUGUACAGUGCAGAGGAGGAGUAUGCUGAGCGCCGCAGUGAGAACCUGGCCCUUCCCUCAGCAGAGCAGCAAGCUCUGGAGAAUGUGAAGGCUGGGCUGGAAACCUGGGAGUACACAGCUCGAAACACCCUCAUGUAUUAUCCAACAGGUGUCUCUGAUGAGGAUGAAGUUUUUAAGAAGCCCAGGGAAGUUGUCCAUCGAAACACACGUUUUGUGAGGGACCCUUUCAGCCAAGCUGUGAGCAAGUCACAGCUCCAGCAGGCUGCAGCCCUCAAUGCCCAGUACAAACAAGGCAAAGUGGGACCAGAUGGGAAAGAGCUGAUACCUCAAGAGUCUCCAAAAGUGAAUGGCUAUGGAUUUGUGGCUACUCCCUCUCCUGCUCCUGGUGUGAAUGAGUCUCCUUUUAUGACCUGGGGUGAAAUUGAAAGCACCCCUUUGCGUCUGGAAGGGUCAGAAACACCAUACGUGGAGAGAACACCUGGACCAGCCUUCAAGAUCCUGGAGCCUGGGCGCCGUGAGAGGUUGGGACUCAAGAUGGCCAAUGAAGUGGCAGCCAAAAACCGAGCGAAGAAGCAGGAGGCAAUUCGGAAAGUGGCAGAAAACCUGGCCAGCCUCACUCCAAAAGGACUAAGCCCAGCCAUGUCACCAGCUUUGCAAAGACUGGUGAACAGGACUGCAAGUAAAUACACAGACAAAGCCUUGCGAGCCAGCUAUACGCCUUCCCCAGCCCACACAGGAACUCCUGGUUACAAGACUCCAGCAAGUGGGCCACACACGCCCACCAGCACCCCCCAAUCUAGGACAGUGUCUCAGACGCCAGCAUCCCAGGAUAAUACAUCAAUCACAGACAAUUUACUGCAGCUUCCUAAAAGAAGGAAGGUAUCUGAUCUCUUCUGAAUAUUCCGGUCACCAGCAAGGUGACAGUGACCUGGCUGUGCUCAGAUGUCUGCAGACUGGAUGCUGGUGGUAGUGAGGGGUGAUUAGAUGCAGCUGUGAGAACAGAAGCCAGUGGUUACAAGAUCUGGGACCAGAGGUACCAUAGGCUAUGUUGCUAAAAUAGCCUGUGAUGUGCUUUUUGGAAGUUGAGUAUCUCCUGCUGUGGUGUAACUUCCCUUUGAACUGCAUGGGUGGGAGAUGCACAGGGCUGCUGUAACACAAGGUUGCUUCCUGUAACAGCAGAGAAGGUUCUGGACUCCUGAAAAGAGCAAUCAUUUUUUUUAAAGAUAGAUUUCUCUUCCUAAGAUGGCCAUACAUUUAAAUUACCUUUCUGUACAAAGAUGUCUAUUUAUAAAAUGUGCUAAGCCUUCCUAAAA